AUGGGCACAACAACUGUUAGCUUAUUUGUAGAAUUUAACAUGAUUAAAACAAAUAAUGAUUGCAAAAAAAGGGAAGGAACUAAACGAAAAGAAGACAAAGCAAGAAAGGCAGGAGGGAAACUUGUACAUUUUGAUGGUUCAAACGUUUUUACAGCUGAUGAUCUUCUGAGAGCAUCAGUUGAGAUGACAAGCAAAAGUACUUACGGGUUUAACUAUAAGGCAACAUUGGAGAAUGGUGAUGAAGUUUCAGUUCAAACAUGGAGUGAAUAUAUUACUAAAGAUGGAGAAUAUGAAGUUGAAUUAAAUUUGCUUGGAAAAAUAAGGCAUCCCAAUGUUUUCGCAAUUAGGGCUUAUUAUUUGGCCUCAGAACAAGAAGAAUAUAACCAUCUCGUUUUUUAUUACAUGCCCGAAAAAAGCCAGCUUUCUGUAUUUCUCCAUCAUUGGGCAACAAGAAUGCAAAUAGCAAAAGGAGUGGCUAGAGGUUUGCAUAACCUCCAUACUCAUCACAAGCUAAUCCAUGGAAAUCUAACAUCACACUAUGUUUUGCUCGAUGAAAACAAUAACCACAAGAUUUCUGACUUCGGGAUGUCACGACUCAUGCAUGCUCAUGUAAACUCACAUCAUAUUGCCGCAGACAAGACUCUUGGCUACCAGGCUCCUGAGGUUUCCAAGCUCAAGGAAGUUGAUAUGAAAACCGAUGUCCACAGGCUCCUUGGACCUUCAUUAAGCUAA